ACGACUUUGUCUGCGGCGCUGUGGCGUGGCGGCGGUUUCUUCUUGGCGCGCGUUGCUUCCUCUAUCGCCCUCGCAGUCAGCUCUCUUCCCUCGAUACUUCCUCCACUCUUCCGGCUCGUGAUAACAUAGACACGUCCUCUGUGGCUUCGGCUGUAUCCCUUCUUUUAUAUCGCAUCGCCCCGGUGGCGCUCAGGAAUCAUUGUCAUUACCGAUUCGCAGCAUCGUGGUGGAGGCAAAGAAAAUUAUGGCAACAACGGUUGUUAUAGGCACGCCGCUGGCCGAGGCCCUAAGCAAUGUGGUGCAGCCUAAACUGGUGGAAAUGGGAUGGAGCGCAGAUGGUGGGGAGGACUCGGCGCUGACCGAGUAUGUGAUUCUCAUGCUUGUCAAUGGCAAGACUCAGGAACAAAUCGCCGAAGAGUUGUCGAAUGAUCUCCUUAACCUCGGUGAGGGCGAUACACAGGCUCUCGAUUUUUCGCGCUGGCUUUUUGAGCAGGUCGAGAUUCUCAACAAAAAUAUCAAUGGCUUGACGUCUAUCCCCGAUGCACCGCAACCGACUUCCUUUGGCAACGACCAGAACGCCAAUCAGUCCGAAGGACAGCAAGAUGCCGACAUGAGUGAUUCUCUAGGCCAAGACUCCAUACCAACAGGACCUCGUGCUAUGCGCAACAACGUCCAGCGUGGCAAAGGACGGCUGCUCAAUCAAAUCAAUAGAAAUCUGGAGCGUGGUCCCGAUGCUGCGCUUCACCGUGUUCGCGGCCAGCAAGGUGGAGGACGAAUUAACACACAUGGACAAAACUUCCAGAAGGGUCAACGCGGUCAACACGGGGCUGGGCGCAUGGGUCAUGGGCAUGGGCGACAAAUGGGUCCGGGUCAAAUGCAUGGACCAGCAGCUGGGAAUAUGCAAAUGACUCCAGAAAACCAGAUGCAACUCAUGGCUCUUCUCGAAGAACAAGCCCGGAUGAUGUCUCAACUCAUGCCUGGUUUCAUGCCUCCUGCCGUCAACCCCAACUUCCAGCAACAACAGCAACAGGGCCGGUCAUUAUUCGAUCGCAUUGAACGCCCAGGACAGAAACAGAGUGGCGGAGAUUUUAAAUCUCGUGGGGCUCAAAAUGGAAUAUCAAUCAAGGCCAAUGAGGAUACCGAAAUGGACACCUCAGGUGAUCAGCCACAGGCCACCGCAGAUGGCGUAUGCCGUUUUAAUCUUCGUUGUACGAGGAAAGACUGCCCAUACGCACAUCAAUCACCAGCCGCCCCUGAAGGCGCACCAAUCGAUGUUAACGAUAGUUGUCCAUUCGGGGCCGCCUGCAAGAACAAAAAAUGCACAGGAAAGCACCCAUCCCCAGCCGUGAAAGCGUCGCAUCAAGCAGACGAGAUAUGCCGCUUCUUCCCACACUGUGCAAACCCAAAUUGUUCCUUCAAACACCCCAGCAUGCCGCUCUGUCGAAAUGGAGCCGACUGCACCGCUGCUGGUUGCAAAUUUACCCACUUGACUACGGCGUGCAAAUUCAACCCAUGCAUGAAUAGGAAUUGCCCUUACAAACACUCUGAAGGUCAGCAAGCCAGUUUCCCCGACAAAGUAUGGGUUGCUGGGCAAGAGAAAACCCAUGUCAGUGAAAGGAAAUUUAUUCAAGAUGAAAAUGAGGAGGAAGAGCUCAUCAAGCCCGAAAUGGCCACAGAGGGAGCACAGCCGGAGGAAUCGACGCACACUUCUCCGCUUAUGACCCGUGUCAAUGCGUACAAGACAGCAGCAAUGCGAAGAUCCUGUCUCACCCAUGUUCUUCAAUCGAGUCCGAAGCGCGUGACACCCAUCACGAUCUGGAGCCAACAAGCUCGGUUCGCACACACCGAAGUCAAACCAUACAAUGCCGCGGUGAUCGGCGGUGGUAUUACGGGGAUGACGGCAGCCUGGAGGCUCUGUCAAGAUCCGAAAUGUACCAAUGUCACUCUCUACGAGAAAGCGCCCACGCUCGGCGGUUGGCUACAGUCUGAAACGGUCGAGGUGGAUGGUGGACGAGUUGUGUUUGAAUACGGGCCACGAACAAUACGAGCCAGUCAGCCUGCUGUACUGCCUAUGUUGGACUUGCUGUUGAGUUUAGAUAUGGAAGACCAACUACUGCUCAUCAACGAAAAUUCUCCUGCGGCAACCAAUCGAUAUAUAUACUACCCCGACCACCUCGUACGUCUUCCAGGCAAGUCACCUCAAGACAUGGGUGGAUUUCCAGCUUUUUUGCAAAUGUUGUACAACCUAUUUCGCGAACCCCUCAAUCGAAGCUUAAUACUACCCAUCGUCAACGAGAUCCGUAUACCGCGACGCGAAGGUGACUCAGACGAAUCAAUAGGAGAAUUCGCCACGCGAAGGAUGGGGAAGGACAUAGCGGAUAAUUUGGUAUCAGCCGUGUUUCAUGGAAUAUAUGCCGGCGACAUCUACAAGCUGAGCAGUAAGACCUUAUUAGGGGGCUCGCGUAUGCUCGAGAGCAAGUUCGGGUCGGUCACUAAAGGAGCUUUUGAGGCCUCGAAACAAAACAAGAAGAUCGUUGGCCUGGACAAUCUUCUCGCUCAGUGGUCGGUUACAAAUGAUCGACCUAAGAACCACUUCAAGCGUCUUGCGAGGUUAAUGAAAUCCUCCAAUGUGUUCACAUUCAAGGAUGGGUUGGCCGAUAUAACCUCGAGGUUUCAUGAAAAGUUUAUGGAGCAACAGUCCAAAAUCACAGUUGUCACAGAUGCUCAAAUUGAUGCUAUCAAACGGCACAGCAGUGAGGAUAUUAUAAUUCAGACAUCGUCUAAAGAGGACAAAACAGUAGAACCUCAAACUUUCAAUAGGGUCAUCGCAACAAUACCGCCGCCUACGUUAAGCAAACUCAUUGACGCAGGCUCGGCAAAGGACCAGGAGAGGCCCACUCACUCAAUAGCAUAUCUCAGAGACCAUGACUAUGCGGUGAAUGUGAUGGUUGUCAACUUAUACUACAACCAGCCUAAUCUAGUGCGCUACCGAGGUUUUGGCUACCUCAUCCCUCAAAGCAUCCCACUUGAGCAAAAUCCAGAGAGGGCGCUCGGGGUGAUUUUCGGCUCUGAAACUAGCGAAGGCCAAGAUACAGCGCCAGGCACAAAACUCACGGUGAUGAUGGGUGGUCAUUGGUGGGAUCACCGGUCUCCAUCGGAAAUUCCCACCCCAGACGAAGCUAUAUCUAUGUCUCAGAAACUACUCGAGCGGCAUCUGGGUAUUAAAGCUACCCCAGCCGUUGCACGAGCGCGGUUACAGCGUGAUGCAAUCCCUCAAUGCACAGUCAACCAUUUGGAAAGGAUGAAUACUUUAUCAGAAGCAGUGCGCCGAGACUUCAAGUCUCGUCUUACCCUUGCAGGAAACUGGUAUAGCAUGCAUAGUGUCGGUCUUAAUGACUGCGUCGUUCAAGCUUAUCUAGCAGCUACGUAUGGUGUGGGCUCAUUCCCACAGCAGUUUGGGAAAGCCAAGCCUGAAAGCUGGAUGGCUGCUAUGGAGGAUCAAGUGGGAGGUAUAACGUUUCUACCUGAACGCUACGCAUGGAGAGGUCCGGGCACGAAGAGUCCCAACAGUGUACAAAAAUAGAUCAAUAUUGUAGCAAAAAUGGAGCGAGGUC